AUGAACUUUCUCCUUUUGAUUCUUUUCUCGAUUUUUCAUUAUAUUUCUUCUAUUAAUGUUCAAAUUUGUUCACCUUUUCCGGUGAUCAAUUUUCGAGGUUCAAAUGAUAUUACAAAACAAAUAAGGGGAGAUGUUGGAGCUGUUGUUUUUUCACCAUUGCAAUGCUCAAAAUGUACCGCAUUUUUGAGAAGGUUUGAAUGAAACUUAUGGGGCUAUUCAUGUUAUUUUUCAACGCUGAGAAAACGGGAGAAAAGCGGAGAAAACCUAUUCAGGUAGGCUGAGAAAAUACGAAAAAAGCGGAGAAAAUGUAUUUCCUCCGCAUUUCUCCUGUUUUCUCAACAUGCUGAGAAAAUACAUGAAUAGCCCCAUUAUAAUUGUUUCCGAUGUAUCGACUAAUAUUUUUAGACUCAACGAAAUUGGAUCAAAUUUCAAAAUUCUUCUAGUUGCACAACAUUUUGAAGCUGAUCAUCUCAUAACAAACACAGCUAGAACUGUAAGUAAAGGAGACAUUUUUUAAAAAUGUUUUUCCACAACAAUUUUGUUUGGUUUUUGUUUUUGGUGACUGUAGCCUUGAAACCUUGGAGGCUACAGUAACCAUAGGUUUUGUUUGAAAUUCUAUUUCAAGUUUCAAACAAAGAUUUUCGAAUUCCAAUAAAAAAUGUUGUGUUCCAGUUCCCAAACCUGAGAAUUGCUAAAGCUCAAUGGUCAAAUUAUGAUGCAAAAAAUUACGACACAAUUAUCAUCGAUCAAUGUGGAAGAAUCACUGAAAAUGCUCUCAGUUCUCCAAGAACUGAUGUUUUGAGAUAUAAUGAUUUGGAAGAAGCUUUGAGAAGAGCAGCAACGGGAAAUGGGCAAUGUGGAAAUUGUGAUCCAAGAUAUAAUAAUCAAGCACAAAAAGUUUGUAAUUUUCUCAAAUAAUUUGAUUUUUUGUGUGUUUUUUUGUUGUAGAAAGUUAAUGCGUAUAUAACUCAGGAUCAAUAUGUUCAACAGCAACAAUAUCAUUAUCCACAAUAUCCUGCUCAACAACAACAAAAUCAACAAUAUCAACAAAGACAAUAUCCAAGUCAUCAACAAUAUAUUCAUCAACCUUAUGAUCAAAGAAACAAUAUUCCAUUUUAUACUCCUCCAACACCAACAAAUCCACCAUUUAUUCAAAAACCAACACAAACAACAACAACAACAACAGAAUCAGUUGCAGAUUAUUUUGAUUAUUAUGACAAUGAAAAUGAUAAUUCAAGAACUACAAUAAAACCACAGGUAACUUAAUAUAUUCAUCAAAUUUUUCCCAUAGGUCAAUCUUCUCUUCCUCUUUUUCUGCAUUCUCUUACUUCAUCGAAAAAACUUCGUCGAUCAAAUAUUUGCUCUGGUCGUCUCGCCUGAUCUCUUGAUAUCCAAUACUGUCUUACACGUCAAAUCGACUACCGUAAUAUGACAGUAAAUAUAACAGACCGAGCCGAAGCGGAGGGUCAGAAGUUGACAAAUAUUGACAAAAAAUGGAUGGAUUGGGAAAAAAUAGAGGAAAAAGGAAAAGAGAGAGAGAGAGAGAGAGAUAUUGUAGUACUGUAGGUUGUACUUUUGGGUGAAAUUCGAAACUUUUCUUUAUUUUUUUUUUCAAAAUACUCUAAAUUGGUUUUUAGACCCAAAUCCAGAGGCCAAAUAUUGAUCGAAGGUUCAAUCAACCAACUCAACCAUUCUUGCAAAAUGACCAAUAUGAAUUGAAAACUUGUAAUGAUGAAUAUUGUUAUCGAGAAGUUUCACAAAAUGGUAAUUUGAAUCAAGCGCCUUGUUGUAAAGAAGGUAUUUAUUUGACUGAUGUCUGUGUUCCUGGAAAAUGCUCUAAUUCAACAGUUCAGCUAUGCUGCUUUCAGGUUAAUUUAAAAUAAGAUUUCAAAACCUUCUCAAAUAUUUUUCAGAAAUUCUUACGUGCAAAAUAUGCUUGUUGUAAUGAUAAAACGAUGGAUGAAAACACUGAAAGAAGCACUAAUAAAUUCAAUAAAUGUUGUAAUGAAAACUUUUUGAAGCUGGUAAGAUCAAUUUUUGUUCAAAAAAUCGGAAAGUCUAAAAAUUGUUUAGGAUCAAUGUUGUACUCCUGAAGCAGCUGGAAAAUAUUGGAAAACAGUUUAUGAUGUCUGUUUUCCAAAUAUUUAUGUGAAUUAUUCAUCAGUGAGUUUUGAAGUUCAUUAUACGGAAGGAGUUCGAGUUCAUGAUAUGAAUAAGUCUUCACAUUGGAAUUUUCAAUGUCCAUUUGGAAAAAAGGCACAUCAAUAUGCAUAUUUACCGUAA